AUGUGUGGAGCUUCUGCGUCUCCAGAUAAUCUGGUAUUCGGUAUGAAAAAUGGAAUGAGAAGCAUUAAGUAUAAGCCAGUAGACUAUCAGCAAUUGCACACAUUAACUGAAGCAAAAAAAUUAGCUGCUGCCGCCACAGAGCAAAAGAUCAGAAAAGCAGUGGAGACUUCAAAGAUAUCUAAGGAGCAACAGCUAAUAAAACAGCACAGGCAGGUGUGGUGGCAGGAACACCAAAGGCUAAAGGAAGUCAGGUGUAAAGUGGAAUCUGAAAUAAAAUCUUUUUUCAAAGAAGAGCACAUUGGGAAUGAAUGUCUGUCUGACCUUAAGAAUUUUGAACAAGUGCUAUCUGAACAAUGGUGCCUGUAUCUUAAGAAUGUGAUAAAUCCUAUUCAGCAAUUGAUAGCAGACCUAAAAUAUAGACAGCAUCACAUUGCACAACAUCCACACUCACACACUGAUGUACUGGAAGAGGUUGACUUUGUGAAGAAACAAUUAAAAGCUGUCUUUGAAAGACUUAGCAUGGAGAAACAGAAUUUGGAAAAUAAUCUUUCAGACCGGAGUAUUAAAAUAGUAGAUCAUUAUUCAGAAGAAAGGAGGAACCUGCUGAGUGAACUGCCAAUGGAAUUAGAAGCUUUGGAAUGCCCAUACCCUGAUUUGAAAUCUUCAAUUUUUAAUGAGUUCUGUCAUUUUACCAAGAAAUAUCAAAAGAAACUUCAAGAUUUUGAUCUCCUGUUAGAAGACAUAAAUAGAAACUUCCAAUUAAGUGAAGAAGAACACUGGAUAUACCAGGCUGUUUUGGAUCAGUAUCAUGGAGAUCUCUGUGGCAGAAGAACUCUGUAUCUGGACAUGUUACAACGGUAUUUUCCUCACAAAUCUAGGCAUGAUUUGGUCGAACAUGAGAAAUGUUGUGACCAAUAUCACUUUGCAAGGGAGCAGCGAAAGGUCUUGCUAUCCAAUUGGAGUAAGAAUAGGAGGGAUUUUAUACAGAAGGCUGUGCUGACACUUGCUGAGGCCUGUGCAGUUCAUGAAAUGGAGAGCACAUUGGCCAAGGACAGGAAAAAACAGCAGGAUUUGUGUGCUGACCUGAAAGCCAAGGUUCUUCAAUGGCGAGCCCACCAGGAAGAGGUAGCACAACUGGAAAUGGAAAUUUCUGCCAGAAGAAGGAAAAAGGAAGAGGAGAAAGAGAAACUGUGGAAGAAGAAGAAAUUGUUACAAAGAGAAGAGAAGAAAGAAAAAAUCAGAAAAUACUGGGCUAAAAAAGAACAGAACUGGCAAGAAAUGGAAAUGAGAGAUCUUCGGCGUCUAGAAGAAUUGAAGAAAAUAAUGGCUGAACAGUCAGUAAAAGACAGAGAAAGGGUUAACUACAGACAACAAUUAUUGGAGAAGCGUUUGAUGGAGAAAAAAGAGAUGGCUCUUCAAGAAGCACAGGAAGAAGAAGAAAGGGAGAGGCGGCUUGAAGCCCUUAGGAAACAGGUUGCUAUUGUUGCUCAAUUUGAUCCUGUUAGAAUGAUGUCAGAUACAAUGGCAUCGAAAGCAAAGAUGGGUAUUGGAAUUGAGGAAGAAUUUUUUCUUCAAAAGCCACUCUUCACAUUAAAUACAUACAACGAACAGCAGAUAAUUUCUGAUCCUAGACUUCGUAUUGAGUUAGCACUUCGAGAAGCUGGACUUCAUAAAACCUUUUAUGCCAAAGAGAUAUUACCAAAAAUCAGUCCUCAAAAACCACCAAGAAAGGAUAUGGAAUCUACCGUAUUUAAAACCUAG